CUCAUAUCCACUCCACUUCGCUCUCAUGCCAGCCUGCGGCUCUUUAAAAAAUGAUAGCCAAAGUGCCAUUCUGGGAAAGCAGACCUUGCCCCAGCUGUCUGUGUGACAAUGACUUUCAGGGCUGGGCUGCUUCUGACGCUGCCACUUUUGGCAGUGGCGGAGACUGCCGAGAUGUUGGCCGGGGUCGUUCAAGAACAUGGUGACAGUGGUGUGAUCAAGGUGAUGCGACAGCCUCUGCCUUCACCCGGGCCUGGAGAAGUACAAGUACAAAUUGCCUAUGCUGGCGUCAACUUCAUCGACAUUUACUUCCGGGAGGGCACCUAUGCGUCCACACUGCCAUUGGUUCCUGGACUUGAAGGUGGUGUUGUUCAGAGCGCCGGUCCUGGUGCUGAAGUUUGGCUUGGACGACGGGUAGCUUUUGUGCACAAAGGAGCUGGUGGGGCCUAUGCCGAGUUUGCAAUAGUCCCAGCAGCACGUCUUGUGCCUCUAGGAAGUGAAGUUGAGCUGCGGGAUGCUGCUGCAGUGUUGCUUCAGGGGUUGACUGCGCAAUACCUAGUAGAUGACACCAUUCGCCUUCAGCGAAAUGACACUGUCUUAGUUCAUGCUGGAGCGGGUGGCACAGGCCGCCUGAUCAUCCAGGUUGCGAAGCUUCGUGGCCUGCGAGUCAUAGCAACAGUGUCAUGCAAGGAGAAGGCUGCUGUAGCCCAAGCAGCAGGGGCUGACGAAGUCAUCAUCAGUGACUACACCACCUUUGCCUCUGAAGUGCUUCAGAUGACACAAAACAAGGGAGUUGCUGCCAUCUACGAUGGGAUUGGGAACAUGACCUUCCUGCAAGGAUUUAGUUGUCUUCAGCCUCGUGGUGGCAUGGUGCUCUUUGGAGCAUCCAGUGGCUUCCCGCGCAGUGUGAACUUAGAUGUGUUGGCAAAAGGCUCCAAGUCCUUAGUGAGGCCGACCCUUUUUGACUUUAUUGCCCAGGACGCUGAGCUCCGAACGCGAGCUGCCAUGGUCAUGGGCUGGGUGCAGGCCAAACAGCUGAAGCUGCAAACAACCAUUUUGCCGCUGUCUGAUGCAGCCGAAGCUCAAAGGCGCCUCCAAUCUCGCGAGACUACAGGGAAGCUGCUCCUUGAAGUGACCUGACCUAGCUGCAUGCAGAGAUGACAAGUGAAGUCAGACGUCCUGAGGCCUCUUCUGAACUUUGAAGCAGCCACCGCAAGAUGGAAGCUGUGAGAUGUUCUGGAGAGGGCCAAAAGACUUCGCCUGAGAAGUGGAAAAA